AUGUAUAUAUCUGUAUUUUUUCUCUGUAAUAAAGCAAAUCCACAUUUACGUGAUCAAGAUAAUUAUUCACCAUAUCAAUAUGCCAAUAUGAAACAUUUACAUUUUUGUCGAUUAAUUUAUGAACGUUAUAAUGUUGGUCAAGAAAAGCAACCGAAUGAAAAACAUACACUCAAUGAAAAUGUAAUUAAUGAAUUAACUAAUUUUCGUCCAAUUAAUCCACAAUUUUCUAAUUAUCAGGUAAGAGGAAAACAUACAACAGUAUGUAAUAGUAAUAUAUUGUAA